AUGCUCGCGCCCAUGGACGAGCUGAUGCGCCUGGCCGCCCACCAGCCGCGGACGCCGGCCAUCUGUGCUGAUGAGUUGACGGUGCAGAUCCGCGCGGCCCUGCGGGAUCUGGAGCUGUCCAUUGCGCGGCACAAGGCCCGGGUCACGUCUUCACGAAUGCAGGUCGCGCGCGAGGUCGCUCGCCGCCUGCGGCGCCACGGAUUCCGAGCCUGCCAGGCGUUGGAGGUCCUGGGCGUGGAGGCCCGCCCUGGUAGACCGCUCCGCUUCUCAUCGCUGCGCAAGCGGGCCAGGCGGGUCCACGCCAGGCUGCCGCGUUUUCGACGACUUCGUGGCCUCGGCGCGCAGCUGGGCCGUCUGACGCGCGCCUCGCUUCCUGCAGCUCUCCAGUGCAGUCUGCCUGCCAUGGGGGCCCCGCCGACCCUGGUCGCCAUGAUGCGGCGCAUGCUCAGGCAGGGCUGGGGGCGGCUGGCAGCGGGUUCCUCGACUUGGCUGGCAGCCUGCUUGGAACCAGGGGCCCGCGCCGAGCCGCAGCUGGCGGCGUGGACGCAGCCCUUAUUCAAUUGGGCGCUGAUGGCCGUGGACCCGAGGACUGACAGGUCGGACAUGCAGCGAUCGUGGCAGCUCCAGGCCCCCUCUGUCCUGCUGGCCCCCCGCCCCUUGCGCAAGGCCAUGGGCCCUGCCUGCGCGGUAUGCCUGGCGCUGAGAGACUUGGGCUGGGGCGCGUCCUUCGCCUUCGCCUGGCGCGCGGACGAGGGCGACGUGUUGGACCUACACGUCGCGGCCCCGUCCACGGUCCAGCAGCUGGCGAGACAGUCCGCCGCGCGCGCCAUGUGGCGGCGCUGGGCUGCCACGCCCGACCCCGCGCCUGAGCUGGGCCCAGUGCGCUGGCAGCCGCAGGGCUACUGGCUGGAGCCGCUGGCGGCGCUGCUGCACAGGCCCACUACCCGCUGGAGGCUCACAGACUCGGGCGCCGGCGCCGUCCGGUCUCUCGUCGCGAGUGCCACCUGGUCCCAGGCUCGACUGCGCAGGUGCGGCUACGCGGCCGACGGGCUAUGUCGACGAUGCUGGGCCGCGCCCAGCACAUCCGUUCACCGUUACUGGCCGUGCGAGCCGUGCCAGCCCGAGCGGGAGCUGGCCUUGGACGAGGCCUUGAUCGACGGGCUGCCACACAUCGUGCAGAACGAUCCGCGCUGGGCGCGCCUGCUGGUUCCGCUGUCCUCGCUACCUGUUCCUCCUCCCCGUGACGACAGCGGCCGCUGGCGCGCGCUGCCGGCAGCCCCAGGCUUCAUGGUCACCGGCCUCAUCUACGCCGACGGCUCCUGCCUGAAGCAUUGGAGCCGCCCGCAGGCCGCGAGAGCGGGCUGGGGUUUCGUCAUCUUCGAGAACUUCCGGGCCGUCGGCGGUUACUACGGCGCUGGGCGGUCAUUCAGGCGCUCGAAUCGCGAUCUGUGGGUGCAGCUGUGGGCCAAGUUUGAUGACCGCGGCGGCCUCUCCUCGAACGUGCGCAUCGUUCACGUCCGUGGGCACCAGAGCGGCAACGACCAGCAUCGGCAUGGCAACGACUGGGCGGACGCGCUCGCUUGCUUGGGAUCGGGGCUCCACUGCUUCACGGACCAGCAGAAGGCGGAGUCCAAGGCGAUGGUGGCGGCCGCGGCGCUCAUGACUGGAGCUGCGCUGACGGCUUCUGUGCCUUCCUCGUCCUCCGAGCCGUCGGCUGGAUCCGCUUCUGGAGCUCUGGCGACGGAUCCUGGCUCGGAGGCGCCCUGCCUCUGCUCCUUCUGCCCGUGUCGCGCGGCCUCGGACUUCUGCGUCUUCGGGGUCGGCUGGAUCGCCCCCUGGUGCUCUUGCGCUGGAGGCCCCUGGGUUCCGCUGGAUCCCCACCGCCUGCGGUUGGCGGGUUCCCUGGAGCUCUCGCGCCCAGAUCGGCCGCUGGCCGAGGCCUGCGGGUACGCCGGGGAGUGA